AUGGGAGACAGGCCAAACCUCAAGACACGCGAUCCCGAAGGCGCAGUGGCUCAGGCCACCAACAUAAACUACAAGGAGAAGCUCGACCACAAGGCAGAUGAGGCUCGCAGGCCCGCGCAGGGCGACAGCAAAAACACCUCCACAGUCGACGCUGUCGUGGAGAAAGUUGCCGAAUACGUCCCUCCCGUUGCCAAAAUGCUGGGAGUAGAAGAGAACAAGGAGCAACCCGCUCUGUAUCAAGCGCCCGGGGGCCCUCCUGAGCGACCGCAUCAUGAUCCACAGAUUGAAGAGUUCGUACGGGACCAACACCGCAGCAAGGACGGAGACAGACUGGUUUGA